AAAAAGCGCAGCAGUGCGCAGGCGCAGCGGAGAGAGGCGGAGCGAAAGCGAGACAACGGGGCAAGGCUACCAUGGUUUUUUACCAGCAGAUCGUCACUCUCCGACCGCGGACGAACCCCACCGACCUCACCAACAUCUUCCGACGGGCGGCCGCGGUCAUCCUGGAGGAGGGCGGGGUCGUGAGGUCGGUGGCCAACCACGGCGUGAGGGUGUUACCUUACCGGUUUCACAGCAAGCACGACAUCAAGGAGAAGGACGACAGGUGGUUCUCGUCCGGACGGUGGGCCAGCGCGUACUACGACGCCAGCCCGGCGGUCGCGAAGAAGAUGGAGGAACAACUAUGGGCGGAGGACAAAGUAAUUCGAGUCUCAACCCGGCGCCCAUCGACCAAAAUGGACCGAAUAGCGUCCACACACGAGCGGUCAAACCCUUGGGACAUGGAGUGGAGGAAACGCAACGGGAUCGAGCAGCCAGUGCACAACCGGCGCCGUACCCCGCCCAAGAAAAAGUGGUAGCAGCCUAGGUCUAGUUAGGCAGCGUAGCGGCCUGAUGACAACUCGGAAUAGGUGCGCGUGUGCACGUGUGCACCUUGGGCGAGAGACUCGAGCGGAAUGGCCAGGCGCAGAGUGUUAUUUCCUUCUUGUGCCUGCACGGCGCAAAGUUGGGGUCUAUCUUUGUCUGGAACCAAAGCGUUUCUAUCAUGUCGAACGUUCUCAGUGUGUCUAUACCAAACAGACAUUUCCGCGUGAAAUGGAGAGGCUGCUGUCGGUUGAAUUGCACCCAAGGCAUACAUGUUUGGACAGCAAAAUUGUUUACAAUACUGUUUUUCGGCAUCCGUCGGCUGCACUAGAACGCCAGCUCUUUCCCUCUACGCUUCCUCGCCCCCUUCCGUCGGACCCUGCGGCCAACCGUGCCCACUACCAAGCAACGUGCCUGGUGUCUGUUGCGAGGCAUACAUGUGGCCUUGGGGGCCUUUUGGAAAGCAACCACGUUUUCGUUGUUGAAAAGAACAAAAUAUUUCUUGACAACCACAUUCAGGGGUGUAAAUACUCGUUGUAGUGGAACUGCCUGUGUUGUAUGAGACGAGGGAUUGCAGCUCGCUUCCCGCAAAGAAAGAAGAUGCCGAAAAAUACUGCUGGAAAGGCGACGUUGGUUGUGGCUGUGGGGUACAACACUCACAGGCAUUCAUUGGUGCUGCCUUGUGUACGGCCCGACGCAAUCAACUCCCUCACAACUCCCAUUUUGUUCAUCACUUCUUCCAGCGCACGCACACGAUGAUACUG